AUGAUCCGCCGAAUUAAUACGCUCGCGUCGUCUGCCAAAACGCCGGAUCCCGCCGUCAUUCUCAAGUCGAUAGACCGGGUGCAGAAUGGAGCCAACAACGGAGAACGCAUGGACCACAAUCAACAACAAAAGACACUGAACCGGACCCACAAAGGACAGCAAAGACAGACUACCGGAGGUCAGAAACUCAAGGGCGCUCCGAAAUCUAAGACGCCCUACAAACGCUCAUCCAACAACCGGUUCCGGCUGUUUCUGCAGCCGUUCGAGGUGUCGGCGCUGCUCAGGAACCGGGGCGAGGUGAUCCAGCAGCUGAGAUCGCAGCACAAUCUAUACGCUCUCAAUCUGUCUCCGUUUGUCAAUGCCUCGUCGUCGAGAUCGGUGCGAAUCAAGUGCGACAGCGAGGAGAAUCUCGACAAAACCACGAACGAGCAGGUGGCUCGAGACGCCGAAAAGCUGUCUCAGGCUAUCACAGACAUGUAUCGAGAGAUUAUCACUCGCCGGCCUCAGCGGGACGCCGACGGACUAUCGCUCAAGCCAGGAUCGGGCCAGUUGCGGUUCUCGGUCACCAACAGUGUGGCAGCAAAGUUUGACCAUCUGUGCAACGCCAUGUAUGGAGGCAGACCGUCGACUAGCAACUCCAUCAGUGUGAACAAGCAGUUGAUUCCCGACUCCCGUGACCAACUGCUCAUUGUCAACGUCAAGAAGAUUGCUGAUCUCGACGAGGUGGCCCGCUUUGUGCAUGAGCUGGUGAUGCAGGAGCACCAGACUCCGUUCAAGAAGAGCUCUGAUCUCCCCCGAGCCCACAUUCUGCCCAGAACAGACAUCAACUAUCACUCGCAUACCAAGUUGGCGCAGCGUGGCCAGUUUGCGAAAAUCAGGCUCAUUAUCCCAGACCAUAUGGUGGGCACCGUGAUUGGACGAGGAGGAGCAAACAUCAAGCAGCUGCGGGAGAACUCGGGAGCUUUCAUUUCGCUCAAGAGCGAUCACGACAAGAAGUCCGUGGUUCAGAUUGUCGCCCAGGACCAAGCCAAUGUCACCCAGGCCAUUGUUGAGCUCAAGCAGCUGCUGGAACAGGAGUGGUACUCGGACAAGAGUCUGGAGGAGAUUGAGAAGAUUUUCCUCAGAGCAGGCUACAAUGUUUAA